GUUCCCUAAAACAGGGGUCCUGCUCCAGCCAGCGCUGGAUGUUUGUGUGUGGCACAGGGAUGAUUAAUAUAUUACAUGGUGUGCUUGUGGGGACUGCCUAUGACUGCAGAGCUUAUCUGAGGUUUAAACAUUAAUUCCAGCCCUCUGGGAAGCCUGUCCGAGCACUGUCUUGUCCCAGAUGCAGCCRCCAAUGUCAGGUGUUGGGGAAAUUUUGAAAGCAGUUGGUGAUUUUGGGCGAUUUCAGAAACGCCUGAUACUGCUUUCUGUGAUCCCCUGCCUCAGCGUGGCUUUUCACCAGUUCAGCCAACUUUUCAUGGUCUCAGAUGUGCCUCACCACUGUGACACCAGCUGGAUCCGYGCCRUCGGCCCCAACCUGACAGAGGAAGAGCAGCUGAACCUCACCCUGCCCCGGGGCGCUGACGGGCAGUUCGAGCAGUGCUCCAUGUACUCGCCCGUGGACUGGGACCUGGAUUCCAUCGUGGCCUACGGCCUYAAUGACACGCAGAAGUGCAGCAGUGGCUGGGUGUACCACACAGAGCAGCCGCCGUCCCUGCUGACCGAGUUUGACCUGGUGUGUGACAAGAAGGAGCUGAAUGACAUUGGCCAGGCCAUCUACAUGGCAGGGCUGCUCUUGGGAGCCACAAUCUUUGGGCCUCUGAGUGACAGGAUCGGCCGCCGCCCAGUCAUUCUGAUCUCCGUCCUCCUCCAGGGCUUGUUCGGUCUGGGAAUUGCCUUUGUGCCCCAUUUCUAUGUGUAUAUGGCCUUCAGGUGUGUCGUGGGGGCCUCUGUGUCGGGGAUCACCAUGACAAUACUGGCCUUAGCUACAGAAUGGAUUGGUGUCUCCUCCCGGCCAAAGGCAGUGCUCACUUCUCACUGCUGCUUUGCCAUUGGACAGAUGAUUUUGGCAGGCUUGAGUUAUGGCAUCCGCAACUGGAGGCUGCUGGAAAUUGCAGGAUCUGCUCCGAUAUUUGCCUUUUUCUUGUUCAUCGGGGUGCUCCCAGAGUCAGCUCGCUGGCUGGUGACCAAAGGCCGAGUGGAGGAAGCCAAGAAGGUCCUGCAGAAGGCGGCAGACACCAACAAGCGCAGCCUCCCACCAGGGCUCCUGGAGCAGCUGAAGCCUGAGAAACAGACCAAGUCUGGAAGUUUCUUGGAUCUCUUUCGGAAGAAGCACUUGCAGAAGGUGACAUUAAUCAUGUCAUGUGCCUGGUUUGUGAACAGCUUUGUCUACUACGGGCUGAGUCUGAACGUGACAAAUUUUGGCCUGGACAUCUACCUGACUCAACUGGCCUUUGGAGCAGUGGAAAUCCCAGCCCGCCUCGGCUGUAUCUUCAUUCUACAGAGAUUUGGGAGGAGGAAAACCCAGGCCGUUCUUCUGGUGCUGAGUGGCCUGGUGUGUCUGAUCAUCACCGGCAUCCCUGAAGACCAGCCUGUGGCAACCACCGUCCUGGCCACCAUUGGCAAGUUCACUGCCUCAGCCUCCUUCUCCACCUCCUUUGUCUACUCUGCCGAACUCUUCCCCACGGUUGUCAGGCAGACAGGUGUGGGGCUGUGCUCCAUGGCGGCGCGGGUGGCCGGGAUCCUGGCCCCGCUGGUCCGUCUCCUGGGGCAGUACCACCGGGCCAUCCCCAUGGCCAUCUUCGGGAGCGGCCCCGUGCUGGGGGGGCUGCUGUGUGUCCUGCUGCCCGAGACCCUCGGCACUGACCUGGCGGAUGACAYGGGGGACGGCCACCCCCCGGCUGAGGUCUGCGAAAAUGCCACCAACAGCUCUCAGAAUGGGCAGGUGAAAGGAAAAGAUGGUGGCCAAGACAAUGAGAGCACAAAGACCACAUACUUCUAGCGGGGUCUGCAGGUGACUGUGGAUAAAGGCAGCCCAGUGAGUGUGGGCACUGAGGACAGGGUCUCCACCACAGGACACCACCAUUGCUCAGGCCAUCACUACAAUUCUUGGGUUUCCUUGUCUGUUUUGCCUUCCUGUAUCUCCCUCUGUAGCUUGUCCUCAGGCACUGCAGGCUGUCACUGGUGUCCAACAGUGCUCUCGCUGGAGAAAAUCAGGUGCUUUUUAUUUAAGGGAAAAAAGAAAGAAAUCAAGAAUCAGAAUGGAGGUAUUUUCUCUUCAUUUUUCCUGUCAUUUCUCCGGGAAGGUGAGACUGAACUUUGUCCAGUGAGACACCCACCAGAGCAUUSAGUAAACUUGCAACAGGGAACUGGGCUCACUAACAGGAGAGCUGGAGCAGAUGCAGCACUKAAAAUAAUCUCACACUUGCAAGGAGUGAUUUAUCAUGACUGUCUAGCAAGAUCAUCGUGUUCUCUCAUAAAAACACUCCUUUWAWUUUUUUU